AUGUCUUUAUCACUCGAGCAUAUUGAUGCUUUUCUCCCGAUAACAGCGUUGAAGACGUUUGUAUUGGGUGAUAGACGAUUCAUCUUCCAAAGUCAAGGCACGCUCUUUCGGGUGGUUGAUGAAACCACUGGUGUUGUCGCCACUCAAGUCCAGAUAUUCAAAAGAAACAAUAUUCAUGGUUUCAUUACUUUGAAUAAACGGCCACAGGAUCAUGAUUCGAGCCAUGUCCAAAUAAUAGUCUGGGGUGGUCGCUCGGUGCGAGCGGUCGACCUCUUUUUGGCCUCUGAGAAUGAAGUCAUGCUGUCGACCUCUAGUGCCGAGUUCUCUGCUCCAGAUUGGAUCAUGAGUGGGUGUGCAGCUGCUGCAGGUGGCCAUUACGGGGCAUUUUUUAUCACCGCGAACAAUGCGCUCCUAAGUCUCGAAGUGCUCAGUAGUGAGCUACCCGGGAGAAACACGACCAUAUCCAUAUAUCAGCUGGCGACAAGUGUAAAGUCUAUCCUUUACUCUGCCGAUGUGAUUGCCCUGUCUUCCUCCCAUGUCCUCAUUGCCGCUGGUACUGUCUUCGGAGAAAUCAUUGUAUGGUCGUGUUUCUUAAAUAAAACUGGAUCACACAAAACUAAUGCAAUCGGCUCCAUCCACCAUUUCUUCACGGGCCAUGACGGAUCAAUAUUCGAUGUCCGCAUCUCUCCUCAGAUCCCGUCCUUGAAUGGAGGUCAGUCUGGUAGGAUACUAGCUAGCUGCAGUGACGAUAGAACUGUGAGAAUUUGGGAUAUAUCAGAUUGUGAGCACAAAACAGCCCAAGAUCCUUCUGCCUACUCCACAGACGGGUUUGAAUUGCGAAGCACGGGCUUUGGUCCUGUUGAGGCAGGCGAGGAUAGCGUUGGAUCCGAGUCAUGUGUGGUCCAAGAAUUUGCGCACACAUCUCGGAUUUGGGGUAUCCAUUUCAGGGCCAUCGAAAAUAAUCACCAAACUCAUAUGGGGUUGGUUUCUCGUGGAGAGGAUUGCACAUGCGUUUUGUGGGACUUAAGCUGGCACUCAUCAUCCAACGGGACGACUGAGUAUCAGCUCAGGCGGACUUCUUCAAUACAAACACAUAUUGGAAAGCACAUUUGGUCUCUGGAUCUUUGCAGAGUUGGCUCUGAGACCGUGGUUUACACCGGAGGUGCCGAUGGUGCACUGAAAAGUUUCCCCAUCAAAGAGCAUGACGAUGAAUAUUUGGACAAUGGUCCUACUUCUUCUUUCCAGAAAUCGUCUAGCUUGCAAGUAAAGGCGAAGCAGAAUCCCGCGGCUGAUGGGUCGAAAGCCUUUGCAUUUGUCACCCAAGACUGCCUUCUUCGCACCUCUACACAAGGUCAGAUCCAGCUUGGAUAUCUCAACCAAGCAGAGGAGACUGCCAUUACCUGGGAGACAAUAUGUGAAACACCUGACCUUGCUUCUUUUGCCGCCCUGACUACCUUGCCCCAAAUGGGCCUAGCAUUGAUCGGGAAUUGCCGAGGAUUCAUUCGACUCUAUAAUCACACUACGAAAUCUGUCAUUAACAUCACAGACGUUGGCAACAGACUCCUUGGAUUAUUCUUCCUUCAGACUCAUUCUUCUAGGAUGGAUACACUGAAUUUUUCCAAAACAAUAAGCUUCCUUGUCUGUUAUCCUACCGGAGAAGAGAUAACACUCGUCACUGUCUCCGACUGGAACAGCGAUCAUCCAAAUUCCGAAACAACUACCUUCAGCCUACCAUCAUCGUUUGUGGUUUGCUGUGCGUCUUUUAUCUUCGAUGGCCAAUUUUUGAUUAUAGGAUCAAAAUUAGGCGCUCUUGCUAUAUACAAUACUUCCAAGGCUGAGCCCGUAUUGAUCAACCGACGUGUUCAUGGCCGGGAUUUCGUUAAUCACAUUAGCGUCGUGACAUCCGCUACCACGAGUGAUACCAUAAAAUCGGACUUUGUAUUGACCUGUGGCCGAGACGGAACUUAUUGUCUCCAUGAAUUGCAGCUUUGUGGGAACGGAACAGAUGCUAUAUCGUUACAAACAGUGCACCGUACAGCAUCUAUGACCGGUGGUAACAUCGAAGGUGCCUAUUUCGAUAAAGCGACUGGUGAUUUCAUGUUGUACGGAUUCAGAUCCCAAGAUUUCGUCCUGCGAAAUGAGUCGAAGCUGACGGAUGUCGUAUCCAUUGCUUCAGGCGGCUUUCGCCGAGGCUGGGGCUUCAUUCCAGGAGACAUCAAUAACAAUGCUGUCUUCACUUGGAAAGACGGAGUCUCUUUCAUGACUACUCGCGUACGAGCUGGUGCUAGUACUUUGCUUCGAGCUGGAGGUCACGGACGGGAAAUCAAAGCGAUGGAUGUUUUCAACCCUACCGAUGGAGAUCGACCUCUGUUUGCAACUGGUGCAGAGGAUACUACUGUUCGUCUUUUCACGCCGACAUCCUCAUUAGCUGCUAGUCCGUGGGGUAGCUUUGAGUGUCUACGCGUCUUAGAUACACAUAGGUCUGGGAUUCAGCAGGUGACCUGGUCCAAGGAUGGAAGAUACCUGUUCACCAGUGCUGCAUACGAAGAGUUUUUCGUGUGGAGAGUCCGCACUAUUCCCAUAUUCGGGGUUGCCACGAAAUUGAUGGCUGCUAGCCCGAAGGACGACGUGAACUCAGAUCUCCGGAUACUUAGUUUCGAUUUACUGGAAGUGGAGGAAGUUGAUGGAGAGCAGGGUUUCCUCCUGUGCCUUGCUCUUUCCAACUCUGUUUUCAAGAUAUUCCACUUUUCGGCAUCUAACGGGGGCCAAUUCACUCUGCUGGCUCGUGGUAAAUACAUGACUAAUUGUUUGACUCAAGCCCACUUCUUGGUCAUGAGCUCGUCCGUGAGCCUUAUCACCGCAGCAACUGAUGGCUACUUCACACUAUGGGAUCUAACAAGCACACUUGAACCAUUUUACACAAUCACACAAUCCAUUUUGAAGGCCAAGCACCCCUUCGACGGCUCUUCCAUCUCACCAGAAAACAUCACAUGCGAAAAUCGAUAUCAGAUUCAUUCCAACAGCAUCAAGGGGAUGGAACUGGUUCCUAUCUCUGAUACAGCCACUGUCAUUGUGGCUGGAGGCGAUGAUAACUCUCUCUCCGUGUCCCUCCUACGAACACAUCCAUCAGACAAUGGCACAAAUGCACAGGUAGCUACGGUCUCUAUCCCUGAUGCACACGCUGCGGCAGUUACCACGGUCAAAAUCCUCAACCAACAAAUCUCUCGUGAUGUUACAUCAAACGCAGAAUCUAUUAAAAUCACAGUGGCAUCCUCUGGCAACGACCACCGAGUCAAAGUCUGGUCAAUCACCGUGGACCCUACACAACCUGGUACGCAGGGGAUUAUCGUGGGAUUCGUACUAGAUACAUACAGCGCUGUGGCUGACAUAUCAUCAUUGGGACUUGUCCAUGGGCCUGGGAAUAGCGUCCCAGCAGUGAGCCAAGUACCUGGGUCGGAAAUCAAUCAAUCGCGAUUGGUUGUGUGCGGUGUGGGCAUGGAGAUGUUUGCUGCCGAAUCGGAUCGAGCAUUACCUGUGUGA